GGCGGCGACGUUCGCCUGCGCCCGGCGGGAGACGUGCUGUCGGACCACCGUCUCGCGGUGGGCUUGCUGCCCCUCGCCCCAGGACGUCAUCGUCGGGUCACAUGCUGCCCCCCGUCGGAGGGUCGGGUCGCGAGCGGCGUCCGCGAGGGGGCCGCCGCCCCUUCAGCCGGGCGAUGAUGCAGGGCACCGCCGAGUUGCUGGACGACGCGGGAAAACCGCCGGAACCUUCUGGAGAACCUUUGUGUGGGUCCGUCGUGGCUCAGGCUGAGAGUGAAGACUUUCAGGAGUUCAGCCCGACGCGCGUCCGCCAUUGCGGCUCGCGACUCGACGUCGUCGUCGACGCGUUCAGGACAGAACACAAACAAAGGAGUUGGGAUGAAGACGAAGACGAAUAUGAUGAAGACGAAGAGGAAAAGGGCACAAUGAGAAGUCUGCGGGUCCGACGCACCGAUUGGAUGCAUUCGCCGGACGACGUGACGAUAUCACAGGCUGACGUCAUCGCCCCGCCCCCUCAGUUUAAGGACUCGCCCGACGACGACGGCAACUCAUCGCAACGCUCCGGCGGCCGAUCUCCGCAAAGUGAAAGCGAGGAAGCCUCGUCCGCUUUUAGCUCCUCCUCCUCCUGGUCGGCUGAGCGGGAGUGUGGCUCCGCCCCCUCAGGCAGAGUCGUAUCGCUUUGUCCUUACUUGACGCACGUCAGCCAGCGCCACCUGCUGGACUGGAGGGCGAGCCCGCACAGCAACCGGGGCUUCCUCUUGCACGACCAACUGCGUCCCGUGACGGGUCGGUACCGAGAGGGUUGCGAGUACACCCUGUUGCAUCACAUCCACAGCGGCGCCUACGGAGACGUCGUGUGUGUGCGCGACUCCAACACGCGAUUCACGUGUGCCGCCAAGAAGGUCCCCGCCAGUCGCUUCCGCGAGGAGGAAGUGACGUCGUGGAGCCUGGCGUCGUCGCCGCGGGUGGUCCGCCUCUUUGGCGCCGUUCGGGAGGGUCCCCACGUGAUGCUCUUCAUGGACCUGAAGCCAGCCGGCCUGGCUCAGCUGCUGGCGGCGAGCGGCAGGCUGCCCCGAGACCUGGCCCUGCACUACCUGCGGCAAACUCUGGAGGCGCUGCAGCACCUGCACCGCAGGAAGGUGUUGCACCUGGAUGUCAAAGUUGACAACGUGCUGCUGUCAGCUGACCUCACUAACUCGUUCCUGUGCGACUUUGGACUUUCUCGCGUGCUGGACAAGAGCGAGCGCAGCACUCAAGGCAUUAUGGGAGCGGCGUCCUUGGCGGGCACCGAGACUCACAUGGCGCCCGAGGUGGCGCUGGGCGCGGGCGCGAGCGCCAAGGCGGACGUUUGGAGCGGCUGCUGCAUGCUGCUGCACAUGCUGAACGGACGACAGCCGUGGCUGCGACGUUACGCGCCGCCGCUGUGCCUCCACAUCGUCACGCAGCCGGCGCCGCUGUGGGAGGUGCCGCCCGGCUGCGACCGCGCCACGCGCCGCAUCUUCCGCGCCGGACUGCGGAAGGAUCCCGACAGACGCGACUCGGCCGGACGGCUCCGCGGGAAAACCGCCGUCGCGCUCAAAGCUGUCGGCGGUCUGAGCGCCGCCUCGGUCCGGACGGCCCGCGAAAAACUCUACGUGUCCCGGACCGCGCCCGCCGCCGACCGCUCUCCCGCGAUGCGCUGGGUGAGCCCCUGGAGGACCAGGGCGGCCCACGAGGACGACCGGGACCCGGAGGAGGCCGACUCGCUCGCCCCGCUGUCGGCGGCCGCGGACGUUUACGUGGGAGAAGAGGACGGCCGCUACGAGGACUACGAGGGGGACUGCGAGGACGAGGAGGACGAGGAGGACGAGGAAGCGUCAGCCCGACACCUCCGAGCUCUGCUGGAGGUUUUCCCUCUGUUGCGGAGAGGCCGGCAGGCGGGCGGCGCUCGGGGGGGCUCCGACGGCCAGCUGGAGGAACUCCGAGAUGGCGCGGUCCUCGGGGCUGACAAGCGGACCCCCACGCCCGAGCCGCGAGACGACCCCCCCUCCUGCUUCAGCAGCUCGUCACAGGCCUCGGAAAAGGACUCGGAGUGCUCGUCGGAUGACGUGAGCUCGGGGGUCCUCUCGUCCUGCGGGGGGCUCGUGGAGAGUUCAGCGUAUGCACGCGGGGCCCCCUCGCGCUGCUUUGAAGGUAAUGCCACAGAAUGUUACAUCGCCUUUGAUCAUGUGACAGCGCCGGGCGUGGACGUCUGGAUCGAGGACGCUCGGGGGGAGCGCGUGAGGAUUCGCGAACGUCGGCGAGUCCGAGUCGGGCACGUGGCCGUCGGAAUCGGCCGGCAGGUGACGAGUACGCUCGAGCCCCGCGAGACGUGCCGCCAACAGCGAAUACCGCCAGUGAUUGACGCCCCCCUCAAAAAGUUGAUCAUUGCGUUGGUCGAGCAGCCCCAAAUGAUCCUCACAUGUCACCGAGCGCCUUCACCUUGGAGACACCGGACGGGAAGUCGGUGUCCUUCCGGCGGGAGCUCUGCGAGUCGUCUUUGUGGCUUCGAUGCGUGGCCGCGCCCGACCGGUGUCCGCGAUGGACGUGGCGAGUUCGAGACGGCAAACUGGAAGUCCGACAAUGACCCGGACUCGGGACCGGCGGAGCGCGGCGUCUCGCUAGGCCGUCUGCAAACGCAGAGUCCGACAUUAACUGUCAGUGUGACAGGUCGUCGGCCACCCGCACCUCACGGACGCUGGCCCGACCCGGCCGGUAUGCGCUUCUUUCAUCGAUGCGACGAAAUCAGCACAUUCGCUGAUUUUUAUUUGAAUUAUAUUUUUUGAACGAUGUGCCCACAUUUUCCUGGCUGCUCGGGUACUUUCGGGGAGCGCUCAGCACUCGGAUAUAUUGCACCAGUCUUGCGAGCUACUAGCUGCAGCUGGCUAGCUAGUGCAGCUGAAUACUGUGCAGCCCGCAGAUAUGAAUAGGUAGAUACGACACGCCCCUUUCGAGCUGCGCGUCUACGGCGACGCUAAGCUAGCAGGGGGGAAGUCGUCAGCGCGUUCCGUACGUGUGGACGGCAAGAAAACCAAAAGGACAAGGAUGCCGGAACAUUGUAUGGCAUACUGUUGCGUACAACGCCGUACAAUCACAACAAGGUGCCUGGUAAUUAUUUUUGGGGGCUUUUUUUGAAAAAGCUUCUGUCUUGACAGAUCACACGCUUACGUUGACAAAAAGUAAACCUGGUGAAAAACGUUACGACUUAAUUUCAAUGUCCACGCAUUGCCUUCGACCUCCCCGACGUGGCCGCCACGUCGGUUAGCCGAGCUGCCGCAGCGCGCUGGCGUAUAACGUCUUCAUAUCUGCAGUUGCAACUGCUCCUCUAAGUCACUAAUACUUCCUCCGGGGAGGGGAAAAAGCCACACUGUGACAAGUAUCGUUAUCACGUAACGAAGAUGAGGAGUAAUUAACAGGAGAAGACGGAGAAGCCAUGCUAACCGCUAAGCUAUCGUGAAAAGUAGUCGCGCAACCCUGGAAUAAGUUCUUGGGUCCUACAGUACAAACAGCGGAGAGAAACCGACUCUCAACUGCAAAUUAGAAAGCAAAUUAUUCGGCGUCUAGAGAGAAAAUAAUACAACAGCUACACAGUAAACACACGGAAACGAUGGAGUACGUUAGCGCACGUCAGCCAAGAGGAGGGCCCUUUAAGGUUGAAAGUAUAUGAUUAUAUAGUACAUCAAUAUUUGAAAUAUCAGCAAUGUUAUUUGUUUGUAUGGACAAUAGAGUGCUGAGUUUUGAUUUAGACUUCUGAGAUCUGCACAAUAAAUGUUUAUCUUCA